GUGAUUUUCAGCAACAUGAGAGGACAGACCGCGCAGUUUGCGAUCGUGAUCCGGGAUUUUAACAUCGAGGCGCCACACGGAAAUGCGGGAACGUUUAGCAGCGCUUUGACCGCGGGGAUGGGACGCACGCGCGGCUCGGGUCCUCCACUGCUGCUACACGUGCGCCAGGCCUCCUCUGAGCAGAAGAAGCUGAGCCAUGCUGGAUCCACGCCCUCCCUGUGCGAGAGCAGCGGACUCCCUCAGAUAGCCAUGAACACCUGCAAGUACAAUGGCGGGGUCGUCCGACCACUAGUGGGCAGCCUGGCGUCAUCGUCGCGCCGGAACCUGGCCGAUCUGGACUCGGAGACGCAGCCUCUGCAGACGCUGCACAGCUCCGGGCUGGAGGUGGUGGUCUCCAAGGGCAACGGCGAGGACCCCAGCAAGGCGUCCAACGAGAGCCUGGUCCGGGAGGGCAGCCGGGGCGGGGGCCGGGCACCGCAGAAGAAGAACAAGGACAUUGGCUACAAGCUCGGCCACCGGAGGGCGCUAUUCGAGAAGCGGAAACGUCUCAGCGACUACGCGCUCAUCUUUGGGAUGUUUGGGAUCGUCGUCAUGGUGACGGAGACAGAACUGUCCUGGGGGGUUUACACUAAGGAGUCUUCAUACUCAUUUGCACUGAAAUGCCUUAUCAGCCUAUCCACUGUUAUUCUGCUUGGUCUUAUAAUAAUGUACCACGCCCGGGAGAUACAGCUGUUCAUGGUCGACAACGGCGCGGACGAUUGGAGGAUAGCCAUGACAUACGAGCGCAUCUUCUUCAUCGUGCUGGAGCUGCUGGUGUGCGCCAUCCACCCCAUCCCGGGACAGUACGUCUUCACCUGGACCGCACGCCUCGCCUUCACCUACACCCCCUCUGUGGCCGACGCCGAUGUAGACAUCAUCCUCUCCAUCCCCAUGUUCUUCAGACUCUACCUGAUCGGCCGCGUCAUGCUCCUGCACAGCAAGCUCUUCACCGACGCCUCAUCCCGGAGCAUAGGCGCGCUCAACAAAAUCAACUUCAACACACGCUUCGUCAUGAAAACCCUCAUGACCAUCUGCCCCGGGACCGUCCUCCUGGUCUUCAGCAUCUCAUCCUGGAUCAUCGCCGCGUGGACUGUGCGCGUCUGUGAGAGGUAUCAUGACAAACAGGAAGUGACCAGUAACUUCCUGGGCGCCAUGUGGCUCAUCUCCAUCACCUUCCUGUCCAUCGGCUACGGAGACAUGGUACCACAUACUUACUGUGGCAAGGGCGUGUGCCUGCUCACCGGCAUCAUGGGAGCGGGCUGCACGGCGCUGGUGGUGGCUGUGGUGGCCAGGAAGCUGGAGCUGACCAAGGCUGAGAAGCAUGUCCACAACUUCAUGAUGGACACUCAACUCUGCAAACGAGUAAAGAACACAGCUGCCAAUGUACUCAGGGAAACAUGGCUCAUCUACAAACACACCAAGCUGGUGAAGAAGAUCGACCAUGCCAAGGUGCGCAAACACCAGCGCAAGUUCCUCCAAGCCAUUCACCAACUGCGCAGUGUGAAGAUGGAGCAGCGAAAACUCAACGACCAGGCUAACACCUUGGUGGACCUGGCAAAGACCCAGAAUGUGAUGUACGACCUGGUGUCGGAGCUACAGGAGCGCAGUGAGGAGCUGGACAAACGCAUUGGGACUCUGGAGGACAAACUGGACUCUGUGACAGGCAGCCUGCAGGCCCUGCCCUGCCUCAUCUCACAAGCCAUAUCCCAGCAGCAGCAGGACUUCCUGGACGGCUUCAUGCACCGCUUCAGACCCGCGUCUCUGGCCUCGGAGCGCUCCGAACGCUCUGACCGCUCCUGGACUUCCACCACCCGUAGGAGGCGCUCUCCAUCCACAGCCCCGCACACCUCCUCUGACAGCGGAUAGCCCUCCUUACUCUGUGCAUCCACAUACCAUGGACUAAGACCUGAGUCUUAACCUGAUCCUCCGGCAUCAAACCCCCAACCUCUGACUGAGCCCUCAGCACGAGAGCUGCUCAAACACACGAACUGAGAAACACACAAUGCAUCUAAAAGAGAAGUCCACUCCAUGUGACGGACAAACCCAGAUCAAGUAGAGUAUGGUUUAUGUUUUAGCCAUUGUAUGGCUGUUCAAGUUAGCUUUUAUGUAAAAGCCCUUGUAUAGUUACGUGACUGAGUCAGUGCUGUGAGAGCUGGCUGUCACCGGAGAGUCCUUAAGGCCAGGCCAGGGCAGUGAGUGGGCUCACGGCGCCCUCUGGAGGACACAGCACCAUCCUUCAGCACACUGUCUGUGUGCAGGUCCAUGCACUUAGGAGGGCGGAGCCUGCACAUGGCAUUACUACUGGGUAGGAAUUUACGCAAUUGCCAACUUCAAGGGUUCAGCUUCCUUGUUCUUACCAAGGAAAAGAGAGCGACUAUCUUUUUUAGUUACAUAUUGACAUGUGAUUUUUCAGUGCCUGAAUGUAUAAAUAGUAGAGGGUUAUUUAAUUACUAAUUUCAGAGCUUUUUUACGAUGUUACCAGUCUGAAUACAGCAUUGCAUUCCUUUUUCAGAAACAUUCCUCAACAAAACUUUAAAGAAAAUGUCUUAAUGUGAUGCAUAACAUUGCCUCAUCACACAGCAGCUCCUACUGUUGGGUUGAGACCUUUUUUCUGUUUGUACUAACACCUGCGAAACGCCAGUGUAGGAGACAGGGCCAUGUCCGCACAGUACAACUACUGCAUAAUGGACCUUUCAUUGGAUCAUUUACCCACAGUACCAAAUCUAAGUAUUAUAACAGUCAACAGUCUCACAUUAAUACCAAAGAAGAGCGCUGGGAGGAAGAGGUUAAUACAAUUGGACAGGGUUUUAAGAACAUUUCACAUGCAAACACAGAAGGCCUAAUCUAUAUAUCUGAUAGAGUGUCCAAGUGUUUGUACGAUUGCGGAUGUGGCCUGGACUGUGUGAAGGGGUCACUUUUAGCUUGAUGCUAGUAUACACUGAUUUCCACAGAGAGAUCCAGUCCGUAGGAGAGGCAGUCUGUGGGCACGGCUCCAGGUUAGCUGCUAAUCACAGAGCGCACAAAACAUAUCACAGCCCCGCCCCCUGACACAAGCCCCACCCCCUCGACCCAAGCCCUGCCCCCUCUGCAUGUGAAUUCUUCAAAAGGCUUGAUGAUUUUAUAAUUAACAUUUUUUUAUGAUUGAGUUGAUUUCUGUUUGGUUGUUGCAUUUUCCUUUGUCUUUUAUAAAAUCUUGGUUUACAUUUUUGGUAACACUUUGGGGACCACAUAAUAAUUGCUAAGCUGUAAUUAGCGUACUAGCUAGUGGCUAAGUAAAUCUUAGCUUAUGUGUAUAAAUUGCUAUUAUUAAUUACUAUUUAAAUAUGAAGAAAACAGCCCAACAAUAUCCAUAUACCAAUUAACAGUAUUUAAAGAGGGGGUAUUAUGCCAAAUCUACUUUUCAGAGCUUUCUAUCAUGUUAUAAAGCAUUUAUGCAUCAAAACCAUGCCUGAAGAGGUUUUAGCUGUCAUCCAUGCAUACUUGAGUAAUUUAGCGAUCUCUCCUGGGCCCUUUUUGAACACUUCUGUGACAUUCUGUCCAAGACUCAGACACAAGCCCACAGCCUAGUGAUAUAUAUCAAAACAACAAAAGGUAACAUGGUGAUCUAAGUAUAUUAUGUGCAUAUACUGUAUAAAUAAAUGGACUUAGCUAACGCUCUAGCCACCGUUUUCCAAAUAGGAAGUGAUCAUGGACGCACUUCCGGCUCCAUCAACUCUGGCUCCAAUUCACUUUACAUUGAAAAAGUAUCACCCCUCUCUCCAUAACUGCUGCUGUCAGACUCGUCAUUUUGGUCUUAAAAUGUUCAUAUUAACCUGCUCUACAUCUAAAUCAAGAUAUGAACAUUAACAACAGACAAAUCAAGAGCUUUCUUUUCCCAAGAUCACUCCUGCUAGCGUUAGCAACAGGUUUGAUUGACAGCGUUGCUAAGUGCUCGCUCCCUGCUAAACCAGUGGUGUGGGAGGGAAUUGCCGAUACCUUCAACAGCCUCGCUCCAGACUGCCUUUUUGGUUGCUAUGUUACUCAUUUAAAUUCAAAAUAUGCAACUGCUCCAGCCUCGACGAGUUUCAUUUGACUGAAGCUGAACUCUAUGAGAGACGUCACAGUCCUUUAGUCCACUGCUUUACACAGUCUAUGGUUAUAGCAAAUACUCCAUAGAAGUGUAAUACCCCCUCUUUAACUGUUUAUUAAUGAAUAAAUAUUGGUUUAUGGAUAAAUAGUUCUAGAAAAUGAUCAAACAUGAGAUAUCAGACACAGACAUCAAGUUAACAUCUAGAUAGUAUGCUAAUAAGGUACUUUGGUUGGCGAUUAAUAUGUUGUCUCUAGUCUAUAGUGUUAUCCAUGUUUCUUUUUUACUAGAGGGUAGGUUUUUUUUUAGAGUUCCUAAAGAGUUGCAGUAAUAUGAUUCUGUAAUGCAUUCCCUGUUUGAGCGAAAGACAACUUUGACACAGGAGUCAAGAAAUGAGACAAUAAAGUGCUGAAGAAACUGAGCAGUGAAUGAGUGUGUGAAUGCAGCCCAGUCUCACAGAUCUACAGUGGACAUGAGGUUUCCGCCAAAACUGGGAAAAGGCCAUUUAAAAGAAUAAACGUUUGACUCCAUAAUGCUGAAACAUCUCAAAAACUGAUUAGUAAUUCACUCGUACAAAUUUGCUGAGGUUAAAGUAGUCAAUUACAGUCUCCAUAAAUGCUAACGUGAUGUUUUUGAUGUUGAUGUAAGCUAUAACUUGACACACAAGAACGUCCGUUGCACAAAAGAUUUGAUCUCCCAGAAUCCUUUUGCAAUGCAUGGGCCUGAC